UGUGAAACUGAACUCAACCACAGUAUGGAUAUGGGGAACCAGCACCCUUCUAUCAGCAGACUGCAGGAGAUCCAGAAGGAAGUGAAGAGUGUAGAACCACAGGUGACCGGCUUCAGUGGCCUAUCGGAUGACAAGAACUACAAGAAACUGGAGCGGAUUCUAACAAAACAGCUUUUUGAAAUUGACUCUGUAGAUACCGAAGGACGAGGAGAUAUACAGCAAGCUAGAAAGCGGGCAGCCCAAGAGACGGAGCGUCUUCUCAAGGAACUGGAGCAGAAUGCCAACCACCCGCACCGGCUCGAGAUCCAGAACAUCUUCAAGGAAGCCCAGGCCCUGGUAAGGGAGAAGAUCGUGCCGUUCUACAGUGGCGGCAGCUCUGUCACCGAUGAAUUUGAGGAAGGCAUCCAGGAUAUCAUUCUGAGGCUGACCCAUGUGAAGACCGGGGGUAAGGUCUCCCUGCGGAAAGCCAGGUACCACACCUUGACCCGAAUCUGCGCAGUGCAAGAGAUCAUGGAAGACUGCGUGAAGAAGCAGCCGUCCCUGCCGCUCUCAGAGGACGCUCACCCUUCAGUGGCCAAAAUCAACGCUGUGAUGUGCGAGGUGAACAAGGCCAGAGGCACCCUGAUCGCACUCCUGAUGGGCGUGCACAGCAACGAGACCUUCAGGCACUUGUCCUGUGUGUUGUCGGGGAUGAUCGCUGACCUGGACGCCUUGGAUGUGUGCGGGAGGACGGAAAUCCGCAACUACCGCCGGGAGGUCGUUGAAGAUAUCAACAAGUUACUAAAGUACCUGGACCUAGAGGAGGAGGCAGACACAACGUACGCCUUUGACCUAGGACAGAACCAUUCCAUCUUAAAGAUAGAAAAGGUCCUCAAGAGAAUGCGAGAGAUCAAAAACGAGCUCCUCCAAGCGCCGAACCCCCUUGAACUGUACCUGAGCUGCAAAACGGAGCUGCAGGGGCUGAUAGGGCAGCUGGACGAGGUGAGCGUGGAGAAGAACCCCUGCAUCCGGGAAGCCCGGAGGAGGGCAGUGAUCGAGGUACAGACUCUCAUCACCUACGUGGACCUGAAGGAAGCCCUGGAGAAGAGGAAGCUGUUUGUGUGUGAGGAGCACCCAUCCCACAGAGCCGUGUGGGACGUCCUCGGCCACUUGUCUGAGAUCCAGGGGGAGGUGCUCUCAUUUGACGGGAAGCGCACAGACAAGAACUACAUCCGACUGGAGGAGCUUCUGACCAAGCAGCUGCUGGCUCUGGACGCAGUGGACCCGCAGGGUGAGGAGAGGUGCAAGGCCGCCCGGAAGCAGGCGGUGAAGCUGGCCCAGAACAUCCUCAGCUAUCUGGACCUGAAGUCUGAUGAAUGGGAAUACUAA